GACUUGGUCGGCUUCGUGAAGGCCUCGAAGCCACUACGUGGAGACCACGAGACUCGUGCGGUGCAUUUGAAGGUCUUCAUGGACAAACUUCAUUUGCGAGAGCCCUUGGAAGGCGUGCAUGUGGUGGCGAAGCUGUCCCCCGAACAGGAAGUUCUUGCACGCCCUGUCACGGACGAAGGCGGCAUGGGGCGGAUUGGCUUGACGGCGGUGGCAGAGGAGCCAGCUUGGCGUUUAGAUGAACUGAAGCAGGUGGUCUUUGGACCUUGGCCCGAGAUGCUCGGCGACCCUAAAAGCGGGGUCAACACUGAACUAUGCGGAGUUUGGGCGAUGUGGAGUUGCCGGCUGGGAGUUGGAGGGAUCAGGUAGGGAGAGAUAGAUCGGAGGGUCAAAGAGUCACUACUCUACAGGUUAAUGAUCACAUUUUACUGGACCUGGUCAUACAAAAACCCCACUUAGGGAGGCAAAAGUACUGGGUCAGAGUGGACGAACAUAGGGCACAAUAAGGCACAGACCUGCGGGGCAUCACUAGAAUUACUGAAACGACCCGGUGUUACCAGCUCUAACGACGCUGGUGCUGAGGGAAGCGAAUCUGGAGCCGGAACCUUCUCCGUCUUCAGCGAAUCCGUCGUUGAAAAGAGGACUUGUCGUUCCCGCGGUUUUUCCACCUUUCGCGCGGUGGCGCUCAGGAAGCUUUUCUUUGAGCUUUGGCGCGGUGACGAGCUCUUAGGCCUCGCUGCUUGCCCGGUGCCGCUGGUCGACGCCGCUGGCCCGUGGACGAGGUCCGCGGCCUGGUGUGGGCGCGUCUUCCGUCGGAAGGGGAUGGGGAUGGAAGGGGGCUCUGAAACCGGUCAUUGCAAGGAUCGCCACAGGUGGUCUAAGCAGGUACCAAGCCCAGACCAUCCAUAUAUGA